GCUGAUACUGAGCUAGAAGCAUAACCAAAGAAGCAUUAGUUCGGAAUCAACAACAAUGGCUUCUCUGCUCCCUCCAACAGCAACCACCACCACACUUCAACACCAUCAUCAUCAAAUGGCAAUCUGUUUCUCUCCCAUGAAACCCUUCACUCCAAACAACGUUUCUCUCUUAACAAACCGUUUCAAGAACAACUCUACAAAAUGCAAUGCAUUUUUAGACAACGUUGCCAAAGAUUUGUUGGAGAACACUGUUGGUUUUGACAAGUUUCCUGGUCUGCAAUCAGGACUAGUGCAGUUUCAGAGAGUGAGUGAAGACUUGUCAGACACUCAGAGAUGGGGGUUUCUUGUGGUUUAUGGGCUGACAUGGAUUUACUUGACUGCAAGGCCUGGUGUUCUUGUUGGUGCCAUUGAUGCAUACCUUCUGGCUCCUCUGCAACUGGGUUUGGAUAGUUUAUCUGGAAGGAGAAGCUUGAAGAGGAGUGAUUUUUUGGUUGGAGAUAAGCUUGGUGAAGGGUCAUUUGGAGUUGUUUAUUCUGGUGUUUUGAUGCCAAAGAAUGUGGAUGUAGAAGAGAAGGUGCUGAAGAGGGGAAGAGGCAAGGAAACACAGUUGAAUGUGAAAUCUAAGGAUAAAGUCAUUCUUAAAAAGGUUAAGGUUGGAAUCCAAGGGGCUGAAGAAUUUGGUGAUUAUGAGGAGUGGUUCAAUUACAGGCUAUCUAGAGCAGCACCUGAAACAUGUGCUGAGUUCCUUGGAAGUUUUGUUGCUGAUAAAACAAACUCACAGUUCACAAAAGGUGGAAAAUGGCUUGUUUGGAAGUUUGAGGGAGAUCUUACUCUUGGUGAUUACAUGAAAGAUCGCAAGUUUCCUUCAAACAUAGAAACUGUCAUGUUUGGACGUGUGUUGCAAGGUGUAGACUCUUCAAAACGAAAUGGAUUGAUCAUCAAGCAAAUAAUGCGCCAGAUUAUUACUUCACUCAAGAAAAUUCAUAAUACAGGCAUCGUUCACAGGGAUGUAAAGCCAGCCAACAUAGUGGUUACCAAACGGGGUCAGAUUAAACUCAUUGAUUUUGGUGCAGCAACAGACCUGCGGAUUGGAAAGAAUUAUGUUCCCAACCGCAUGCUUUUGGAUCCCGACUAUUGUCCCCCAGAAUUGUAUGUACUCCCAGAAGAAACACCAAGUCCUCCUCCAGAGCCUGUUGCUGCUUUCCUUUCACCAAUCCUCUGGCAGUUAAACAGCCCUGAUCUGUUUGAUAUGUAUUCUGCUGGGAUUGUACUCCUGCAAAUCGCAAUACCUUCCUUAAGGUCUCCUGCUGCUUUGAAGAAUUUCAAUUUGGAAAUAAAAACCUGUGGAUACGAUUUGAAAAAGUGGAGGGACUAUACUCGCUUGAGACCUGACUUUAAAAUUCUCGAUGAUGAAUCUGGUAGAGGGUGGGACCUUGCAACAAAGCUUAUCUCUGAGAGAGGUUCCUUAAGAAGAGGACGUUUAUCUGCUGCUGCUGCUUUGAGACAUCCUUAUUUUCUUCUGGGUGGUGAUCAGGCAGCUGCAGUCCUCUCAAAGUUAAGCCUAAGCAGAAGAUGAUCUGCUUAACAAUGAGGAGCACAUUUGAAUUCAGAGGUGUCCCACGGCAAGCACCUAACUUUGAAAACCAUCACAUACAAGAUUAUUUUUCCAUUUUUUUCACUGCUCGGGUUAUCCUCCGCAAGGUUAAAUCAGGGGCAGAACAAUUUCAGCACAGCCUGAGGAAUCUAUUUCUUUAAAGAAGUUAAAAAGUAUUGCUGCCGAAUAGAUUUAUAAUUGUGGUGUAAUCUGUAUGACAACUAACUCAAGAAGGAGAACUUUCUGGUUGUAGAGCUUAAUCAGAAUUCUCA